UUCCUGGUAGCAUGAACGCCUCAUUCACUGUAAGGCUCCAACAUACAUUUUAAACAGGGUAUUGUUGUCGAAUGAGUUCAUAAAACUCGUAGAACGCAGCGGGACGUCAUCGCACCCCCACCUUUUUUUGUGUGGACCUCUUGCAUUGUUUGCCAUAAGAUAAUUUUAUUUAUGGAGUUCAAUGUAUAUACUUGGGCGUGAGCCGGGCGGACCAACGGAGGGUUUCUUUGAAACAAGGUGGCAGGUGGGAAAAGGCGACCUACGGAGUAACGACAGCGUUAAUGAAACUUUGUUACCGAUUUCGUUAUGGGGAUGCCAUAUGCCACGUUAAGAUAAAGACCAAGACGACUGUGUUGAACAUGCUAAAGCGAUUGGACAAAAUCCGGUUUCGGGGCCAACGGCCAGAUGUGUUCCUGGAUCUGGGUGAAUCGCCCAACACAUCUGACACUGAAUGUAGCGAAGAGAUCCUGAUGAAGCCUAAGCCCUUGCUGAAAAUUAAAGACACUGAAGAACUGCAAGAGCCUGUGAGUGCUCCUGCUGGUCCGGGGACACUUGCUAUGGCCGCAGCCAUCCAGGACUAUCAGAGGACUGAGACCGAUGGACUCAAUGAGGUGAAAGGCCAUCUGGAAAUUGCCUUACUGGAAAAGCACUUCCUACAGGAGGAGUUGAGGAAACUUCGAGAAGAAACCAAUAUAGAGACACUGAAACAUGAACUGGAGAAGGAGAGAUCGAAAAGGCUGGACUUGGAACAGAAACUGAACUUAGAAGUUCUCAAAACGAGGUGCAAAAUCGAAGUGACUUCCGAAGAUGAGGACCAAGUGGGGGAGUGCGGCGAUGUAAUGUCCAUAACUAAAGAAUCAUUGUGGAAUCUGAAAAGACAGUUUCUAAAGAAAGGAACGAGAUCAGAAGAUUCCGCACCACAGCCACCCAGAGCAACACCUGCAGCUCCCACAGCCAACAGUACAGGUCAGCCAGAAACGGACAAGCAGAAGGAGACCAUGUACUCGCGGCUGCAGACGUGGCUGUACGAGCGGUUUGGAGCGUACAUCGAGGACUUCCGCUUCCAGCCGGAGGUGAACACGGUGGAGCCAGAGGAGCCGCUAAGCGCUAAGAGAUUGACUGAAAACAUGAGACGACUCAAGCGAGGUGCCAAACCUGUCACUAACUUCAAGAGGAACCUUUUUGCCUUAUCCAGCUGGCACUCCGUGUAUACGUCAACCUUUGCCUUCAUUAUCUAUGUGAAUGCAGCGUGGCACGGUUGGGCCAUCCCCUUGUUUCUCUUCCUAGCCAUUCUCAGGCUGUCCUUGAAUUACCUAAUUUCCAGAGGUUGGAGGAUCCAGUGGAGUAUUGUGCCGGAGAUCUCUGAACCUGCGGAUCCACCAAAGGAGGAUCUGACUGUUUCAGAGAAGUUCCAGUUAGUUCUUGAUGUCGCUCAAAAAGCACAGAAUCUAUUUGGAAAGAUGGCAGAUGUCCUGGAGAAAAUAAAGAACCUGUUCAUGUGGGUGCAUCCUGAGAUCACUCAGAAGCUCUACAUCGGUCUGUGGGUGGCCUUCAUCUGCUCCUGUCUCCUUCCCUACAAACUCAUGGGCUUCAUGAUGGGGCUGUAUGCAGGGAUCAAGUUCUUCAUCAUCGACUUCCUGUUUAGGAGCUGUCCCAAGCUAAGGGACAAGUAUGACACGCCCCACAUCAUCUGGACCAGCCUGCCCACAGACCCCCAGCUGAAGGAGCGUGGGGGCGCCACACUGUCCAGACGGCUCUCUGGGUAUGAAAAGAUUCAGCCGGCAGUAGCUCGUGGGAGUCUAGGGACAGGCCUAGCAUCCGGUACCAGUCUAGAGGAACAGACUGGCAGGGUCUACAAUACUAAGAAGGGUUCUUUCCACGAGGUCUUCAAUCUAUCCGAGGAUGAGCGCCCUCUAGCAGUGUGUGAGAAUGGCUGGCGAUGCUGCUUGAUCAACAGGGACAGGAAGAGUCCCACUGACUACAUCCGUAAUGGGGUGCUCUUUGUCACUGAAAAUUACCUUUGCUUUGAAAGCUCAAGCUCCAGGUCAAACUCCUCUAAAAAGAAUAAAGUCAUCAAACUGAUUGACAUCACUGAUAUUCAGAAGUACAAAGUGUUGUCUGUACUGCCUGGGUCUGGAAUGGGAAUCUCCAUAGCAACACCGUCCACCCAGAAGCCGUUGGUGUUUGGUGCCAUGAUCCACAGGGACGAGGCCUUUGAUGCCAUCUUCACACAGUACAUGAAGAUGGCGACCAUGACUACAGCCAUCAACCCUGAGACCUAACGAACCAAGAUGGCUGCCUUCACCAGGGACUUCCUUACUGACACAGAGACAUAGCUAUGUAGUACACCGAGAGCCACCACUGCUACUGGCCAUUUAUUACAUAUGAAAAUAUGUUAAGCUAGUAUCCAUGCCAUGGUGGUGGAUUCCUCCACCAAGCCAGGGAGCCUUGGCACAUAGAUUAGCAUGUGAAUAUGGUAUCCACUUGAUUUGAGGCCUCGUCCAUCACUAUAGAGCCCAAGGUCUUUCUAUCCUCCCGCUGAUGACUCAAGCUCCUCAUUGGGUCUAACUAAGGAACUACGACUCCUGGACCCGCCCACCAUUGCUGCCUCCUGCCUCCUAUUGGUUGGGUCGAGGCUGUUGUGUCAAGGGAUAGAGCCACACUUGGUUCUUGUUUAGCUGUUUCUCUGUACUGAGGUUUUCAGUGUGUCACAGGAGGUUGGUGGCACCUUAAUUGGGGAGGAAGGGAUUGUGGUAAUGACUGGAGUAGAAUCAGUGGAAUGGUAUCAAAUACAUCAAACACAUGGUUUCCAGGUUUUUGAUGCCAUUCCAUUUGCUCCGUUCUGGCCAUUAUUAUGAGCCGUCCUCCCCUUAGCAGCCGUGUGUGUGUGUGGUGGUUCUACAUUAGUCGUCUAUUGUGCUGUUUCAGGAGGAGGCUGGAUCUCCUUGUCUGUCUGACAGGAUUGUCUGUCACUCCCAUAGUGUGUAUCGCAUGCACAUUGGUGCCCAUUGCUCCACUGAAUGCCCUCCGCUUCUGCCUUCAAUACGAUUGAUUUUGAUUGAUAUAGAUAUCACUGGUGGCCUUGCACAGGUCUUAGGCUACACAUUUUGGAAGUGUCAGUUAACAAGUGCACCAGAAACCACGCCUUGUUAGGUUAAAAAAAUAGUGCUCACGUUUAUGAAAACCUCAAGCCUUCAUGUGCCCCAGUUGCUGAUAUUUUAGUAGAAUUUCAACAAGAGCCUUUAUUUUGAGGGAUGGAACAGGAAUAAUGUAAAGAUGGGCAGCUAAAAGCUGGGGGAAUGCUGGAGAUAUUGUAGGGAAUAACCUUCUCACACAUAUUUGUGUCUUGUUAAAGGAAAGGUAUGAAUUUACAUGUACAUGUUAAGGAGUCAUGAUGCAUUCAUACUCACCACAUAAACAUGACAUAGUAUUUCUGAAGCCUUAGAGUGUGUUUAUUAUGUAGAUCAGUAUGUGAUUUAUAACAUGUGACAUUCUACAUAUACCUAAUUGGCUUAGUAAAACUAUGUAGGUUUUAUGGAGUGUUUUUUUGGAAUGUGUUGUGAGAACUUUAUUGGACAGAUUACAUGUAAAGCAAUACCAAAACAAGCUAUUUCCAAAAAGCAGAAGCCUUUUCUACACUGCCUUGUUCAACCACUCAAUGAAGCCUUCUGUAAUCUUCUCACAGAUGUAGGCCAGGAUUCAAACCAAUGAGGCACUGUACUUUUAGCUUUCCAUUCAUUCUGAGGUGUAACUUCACGGAAAUUGCCAUUGGAUCACGAAACUUAAAAUGUAUUUAAAAAAAAUUUUGGGACAACUUAAUAAGUGCAGUGUAAUAUCGGUAAUUUGUGCUAGUUUGAAUCACGAGCCGAAAUGUUGGUAAUAACACUUCCUUUUGGGUUUUGACACCAAAUGGUAGAGGGGUUUGAAGUAACCGCUUAACUAUGUUCUAGCUGAACACAUACUAGUGACUCUAUCUAACUGGACAUUUUCUGUUUGAUGCCUUUAGUCUACGUUUCAUUAGGCGUAUGAACUAAAUGCUGACUUGCAGGUUCCUUCUCCACAAUGCAACAACAAUAAAUCAUUUAAUAUAUGAAUACAAACAUGAAGUAAAUGUUUCAGUAGAAUAGAUUAAACAUUUGAGCAUAAGUAUAAUGCAGGAAGGCAUAAUUUUUAGUCCAAUGUUGACACAUGUUUUGGGGAAGGGGGGAUUGGGUGGCAAGCGUUUAAAUUGUGCAGUACGCCAGGGUGUGUCAAACUCAUUUUGCCCCGGGGGUCCGCAUUCGGUCUUCAACGAGGUCUGGAGGGCAGCACAGAAUAAAUAAAUAAAAAUCCUCGCUCUCAAAAUCUGCAAAAAAUAAACCUCUAUCCAUCGUUUUGGGAAAUUCCGAUGCUCCCUGACGGUCUGGCUUUCAUUUCAGUGAUUAUUAGCGAGUUGGAUACAGUCAAGAAACUGUAUGUAGGUCCAUUAUCAUUCCUACACAGUUUCAAUUUGGUUUUAAGUCAUUUAAAAGUAUAUUGAAUUUGUCGUCCCCCGCAUCCAAAAAAUGGUUUGACAUCCUUGGUCUAUAUCUAGUAACUUAGGUCUUUCACUCUCCAAGCCUCUCCAGGAAGUUAGAUAUAUACUUAAAGGCCCAAUGCAGCCAUUUUUAUAUCAAUAUCAGGGUAAUAAUUAAGUUUCUUACUCUAAUAGAUUUCCAAUAGAAAUAGGUAAAAAUUGCUUUAGCAACAAACUUUCUCUAGCAAGAAUUUUUCUAGGACUGCCUGAGAGUGGUCUGAGUGGUUUGUUUUCAAUUUAAAAUGGUAAGAAGUAAACCAAAAUAGCUUCUUAGCUAAGAUACAUUUUUCAAGCAAGAACAUUGCUAGACUGUCUGGAAGUGGGCUGGGGAAAAGUGAAAACUAGCUGUUAUUGUCAGAAAGGUUUGGAACUAUUUGUUAUUGAUCUAUUAAUCAUUUUGCCUCAUGGUGAUGUCACCAUGGAAAGCUGGCACUCGCCCAUGCAAACCUGCUGAUUAGAAGGUCCUGUGUAGAUUGUAUUUUCAACCAGCAACUAUCAGGAAAUAAUACUAAUCACAUUUGUUCUGGCUUUAACAGUGUUAUUUGAUAUAAAACUAAAUCUGAAAAAACUGAAAGUUGACUGUACCGGGCCUUUAAGAAGCACAGAAUGUACAGAUUGUAUUUUUUGUUGUUGGCCAAAAUGUUUAUUUUACUGCUUCUCAUUUUGUUUUGCCCUAUAACUGUACUGUUUACAGUGGUUCAGUUCUAAACUCCACUGCUUCUCAUUUUGUUUUGCCCUAUAACUGUACUGUUUACAGUGGUUCAGUUCUAAACUCCACUGCUUCUCAUUUUGUUUUGCCCUAUAACUGUACUGUUUACAGUGGUUCAGUUCUAAACUCCACUGCUUCUCAUUUUGUUUUGCCCUAUAACUGUACUGUUUACAGUGGUUCAGUUCUAAACUCCACUGCUUCUCAUUUUGUUUUGCCCUAUAACUGUACUGUUUACAGUGGUUCAGUUCUAAACUCCACUGCUUCUCAUUUUGUUUUGCCCUAUAACUGUACUGUUUACAGUGGUUCAGUUCUAAACUCCACUGCUUCUCAUUUUGUUUUGCCCUAUAACUGUACUGUUUACAGUGGUUCAGUUCUAAACUCCACUGCUUCUCAUUUUGUUUUGCCCUAUAACUGUACUGUUUACAGUGGUUCAGUUCUAAACUCCACUGCUUCUCAUUUUGUUUUGCCCUAUAACUGUACUGUUUACAGUGGUUCAGUUCUAAACUCCACUGCUUCUCAUUUUGUUUUGCCCUAUAACUGUACUGUUUACAGUGGUUCAGUUCUAAACUCCACUGCUUCUCAUUUUGUUUUGCCCUAUAACUGUACUGUUUACAGUGGUUCAGUUCUAAACUCCACUGCUUCUCAUUUUGUUUUGCCCUAUAACUGUACUGUUUACAGUGGUUCAGUUCUAAACUCCACUGCUUCUCAUUUUGUUUUGCCCUAUAACUGUACUGUUUACAGUGGUUCAGUUCUAAACUCCACUGCUUUCGGCCAGUUUGAUUCCUUGUGAGACUGAGGGUAUGAAGACUGGGUCGGUAAAUCUUGUGAUGGAGAACGUUUGUGUGCUGAUAACCCUAAGUGGUCACAUGUUUAAACUCACCUUUUUUUUGCGCAUAUGCAGAUGUUUAGUAAAGUAUUCAAUUUUUAUAUUUUCCUGUCACAACUGUCUUGUGAUUUUACUUCUAAAAAUGAAAAAAUGCCACCUGCUGCUGAAGAGAACAGAUUUUGCUUCUCCUCUUCUCUGAUAUCAUCCAGUAUCUAUCUUUGGCAGUAACACGCAGGUAUUUAUGCUAAUUAGGCCAAUCAAAGACUAUGCAACACUAUGCAACACUCUUUGCAAGAGGAGAGUGAAUUGAAAGGUGUCAUUUUGUGGAGUCAUGUUGCUAACAAAUCUGUGUGAAUCACCACUCUCUGUCUGAACAAUGUCAGUUUAUGGCAUGGCUGUCAACUGGAAGAUGGAAAGUCAUCAUUACUGUGUUCCCAAACCAUCAACAAGGUGUUGUAAAAAAAAAAGCCUUCGUUGACUCCUCUUCAUCAAUUGGUUUCUGCCACAUUGCAGUGUUGACCUACCAUGUCCUUUACAGUGGUUCAGGAGGAUUGUGAACCUGUAUACAUUUUCAGAGAAGGAUGGACAUUGUCUCUAUAGUUCUGUAUCAGAGGUGCAGAGAUUGUUUAAACCACUCGAAGGCUUGGAUACUGCAGUGCUAAUCAUGUUAACCAAGUAUUUCUUUUAACUGUAAAUUCUUGUUAGCACAUUUUUCAUAAUACUUCCCAAUCCAUUUAACUGUUUUAGGAAAGAUUACUGCUUAGUUGUGAAUACUUUGUAAUCUGCGGUGUCCACUGACAAAUGAUUUUAUAUAUGAAAUAAUGUAAUAUAUAAAUCCCUCAUUUUUUAAAAGAAUAUAAUGUUUAUUGUAAAAUGUUAUGUACAUUAUUUAAGUAAACCAAUUUAAAGUA